CGAGGGUUGAUUGGCCGAGUCCUGAAGAAUCUAACUGUGGAUUGGCGCCCGCGGGUGUUUGUCAGCGUCCUCGGGCCUGCUGCGGCCUGUGAGAGACCGAGGGAGGCCAUUGCGGCUGGGGAGCCUCUGGGAGCUUGACGAGGAGCCGAAGCGGCGCAGCGGUUUUGCCCCGGGGCGACUUUGGUGGAGGGGCCCAGCAUCUUGCUAUAAUGAUAACCAAUGAAAUAUUCGGGUCAGUGUCAAACAACUGGUUCCAUAGGAUUGUUCGGGAGAGGAGCAGUGAUCGCUCAGGUUGCCUUGAAAGUAGAACCCAUUGAUUUCAUUAGGAACUGCCUUAUAGAAUGUUGAAUUGCUGUGCCAACACAAGAUCAUUGCUGCACUCUCAUGCACCAAUAAUGAUGAAAACCAAAGCUUGAAUUCUUCUUGUGCUAUAAACACAUUUUUGGAUUACUGAAGCAACUAAACAUUUUGUGGAAGAUGUACAACAGGAGUAUGUAGGAGUGCCUUAUCUCUAACCGCAGUGUACUGAAAAAGGGGUUGAACUAAAUUACCACCAAGGUACCUUCCAGCAUACGACACUAUACCAUCCUAUAUCACCUAAGCGUAAUAACCUACCAGUAUUGUGCUUGACGCUUGCAAAACUGUGCCAGAUCUUGGAAGGAAAACUACAUGACACUACAUCAUGAGUGAAAGUAAAUGUGACAGUCAGUUUUACAGUGUUCAAGUUGCGGACUCAACGUUCACUGUAUUAAAACGCUACCAGCAAUUGAAACCUAUUGGCUCUGGAGCUCAAGGCAUUGUUUGUGCUGCAUUUGAUACAGUCCUUGGAAUAAAUGUUGCUGUGAAGAAGCUUAGUCGUCCUUUUCAAAACCAAACACAUGCAAAACGAGCAUAUAGAGAACUUGUGCUUCUAAAGUGUGUCAAUCAUAAAAAUAUUAUUAGCCUAUUAAAUGUAUUCACACCACAGAAGUCACUAGAAGAAUUUCAAGAUGUGUAUUUGGUUAUGGAACUAAUGGAUGCUAACUUGUGCCAAGUUAUUCAUAUGGAAUUAGACCAUGAAAGAAUGUCAUACCUUCUGUACCAAAUGCUGUGUGGCAUUAAACAUCUCCAUUCAGCGGGUAUCAUCCACAGAGAUUUAAAACCCAGCAAUAUAGUAGUAAAAUCAGAUUGUACUCUCAAAAUCCUUGAUUUUGGACUGGCAAGGACUGCAUGUACUAAUUUCAUGAUGACUCCGUAUGUAGUAACACGAUACUACAGAGCGCCAGAGGUUAUCCUUGGCAUGGGAUACAAAGAGAAUGUUGAUAUCUGGUCAGUUGGUUGCAUCAUGGGAGAAUUGGUGAAAGGUUGUGUGAUAUUCCAAGGCACUGAUCAUAUUGACCAGUGGAAUAAAGUUAUUGAACAGUUAGGUACACCGUCAGCAGAAUUUAUGAAAAAGCUACAGCCUACUGUGCGGAACUAUGUAGAAAACAGGCCAAAAUAUCCAGGUAUCAAAUUUGAAGAGCUCUUCCCAGACUGGAUAUUUCCAUCGGAUUCUGAUCGUGACAAAUUAAAAACCUGUCAAGCUAGAGAUUUACUAUCAAAAAUGCUAGUAGUAGAUCCAGACAAACGAAUUUCGGUAGAUGAAGCUUUACGUCAUCCAUAUAUCACAGUUUGGUAUGAUCCAGCUGAAGCUGAAGCACCACCACCUCAGAUCUAUGAUGCACAGCUGGAAGAAAGAGAACAUGCCAUUGAAGAAUGGAAAGAACUAAUAUAUAAAGAAGUAAUGGAUUGGGAAGAAAGAAAUAAGAAUGGUUUGGUAAAAGAACAGCCUUCAGAUGCAGCAGUGAAUAGCAAUACCAGCCCUUCCCAGUCAUCAUCGAUCAACGACAUUUCAUCCAUGUCAACAGAACAAACACUGGCCUCAGACACAGACAGCAGCCUUGAUGCUUUGACAGGAACACUUGAAGGAUGUCGGUGAUCAGUGUUGAAGAUUGAACGUUGGCAAAGAACUUUUGCUUCUCUUGGGCCUGAAACACUUGUAAGUUUUAUGGAACCAAGUAGAAAAACUCCAUGUUCUGCAUGUUCCUCUAAAAUAAUGUCUGCGAUUUUAUUCAGUUGCCACAGACUUUCUGCUUAAUGUUUUCCCAUGAAAGCAACUUUGUAUAUCAAGGCAAAAUAAGUGUAGACAUUACUAUAACUUAUUCUGUUUUAACCUAUAUCAGGUGAGCAGUUAAAAUAACUCCACACCCAAAUGAAUUCAUGGGCAUUCUCUCAGACCUCUGAAACAUGCGCAUUGUCAAUAUAAUUUUUAAAAUAAGAAAGCCAUUGUAAAUCUUGUUGAAUGUAUAUCCUCUUUCUUAUCUAUGUGAUUACAGACAUAUGCCAUAUCAAUGUGUCUUGCUGGCAUUCUCAGUACAGUAAAAUAUAAAGGCAUAGUUUCUCUGCGUAGCACUCUUUUCUUGAGGCCUUUUUCUGUCCACCUCCAAAUAAUUUUGUAUACCUUCUUGUACAAGAAGCAGAUAUGUGAAUUUUUGCUUCAUCUUUACAUCUGAAUGUAAUUUUGCUUCUCUGAA